UCGAGGCCUAAUUGCCCUUUGACAAACUUAGCCCUUAGGCAACAGGGACAUAGAGAAAAGCAAAGCAACUAUAGCCAGCACCAGCACAAGAAGAAGAAAAUGGCUGAAGAGGCGAGAGACAUGGCUUGUGGUUCUGGGUGUCAUUCUUCAUGCUCAGUAUCUUCGAUAUCUACUUCGAGACCCCCAUUGUUCAUGACGUGGACCCUGUCACUCCUCGCUUCAAUGCCCCAGCCAAGCGCCUCGUGCUUCUCGGUGUUACGUACCCAAACCCAAUUAGAACUUUGCUCACUAAGUGUUUGUUGAAUUGUCUCAGUGAAAUGUUGCUAUGGUUUUUUGGCUUUGUUUAGUGAUUUUAGAUUACCAAAUUAGGAAAUGGCAUUAAUAAUGAGAUGGGUCGGGUUAGGAUUGUUUAUAGAACGUAAUGUAGGUUACUAAUUUGAGUUUAUGCUAUUUUGUACUAAGGUUGUUCAAUAUUGUGUAUAAAGUUUUGGGUUUUUGAGAGUUCCUUUGUAUAAAUUAUUAAUUAUUACAGGGUUGAAAUCCGAAAGUUUCUUUAUUGGAGUUGUUUUUAUCUAAUAUGAGCAGUCUGAAGGGUUAGUAUGUCCAAGAGUUGGCGCGCUUGACUUAGAUUUUGAAAAUGGACUAGUAAUGAUUCACUGGUUGUUAAGGCUUAGUUAAUUGCAAAUUUGGAUAUGCUGUUAGUGUACUACAUGUCAUAAAAUAUAGAACUUUUAUGAAUGGGAAAAAAAAUUGCAGCUGAUGGUUUGCGUGCCGACAAGUUCUUUGAGCCUGAUUCUGAAGGAAAUUACAGAGCUCCAUUUUUAAGAAGCAUUAUUAAAGGGCAAAGUCGCUGGGGAGUAUCUCAUGCACGCCCUCCAACACAGUCGAGACCUGGACAUGUUGCUCUAAUCGCUGGUUUCUAUGAGGAUCCAAGUGCAGUUACAAAAGGAUGGAAAGCUAAUCCAGUCGAAAAUGAUUCAGUAUUUAACCGAAGCCACCAUACAUUUGCUUUUGGGAGUCCUGACAUUGUUCCAAUAUUCUGCGGUGCUGUGCCACACAGCACAUGGAAUACCUAUCCUCAUGAGUAUGAAGACUUUGCAACUGGUCCAAUGAAGACUCAAAGUUGAAGGAGUUACUUCUACAGGAUAAUCUUGUAAUAUUUCUGCACCUACUUGGUUGUGAUUCAAAUGGUCAUGCACAUAGGCCCUUUUCCUCCAUCUAUCUCAAUAAUGUAAAGGUUG